AUGGCGAACUCCGGGAGACUACCUUUCGAUCAGAGCUUAUUCGUCGCGACACCCAACGCGAUUUAUUUGAGAUCGCAGCUCGCCCGGAAGAAGCUGUUCGAGUGCGAGACCGCUAACGGCAUAGUCAACGCUCGUGCCUCAAAAGACAACAGUAGUCUCUUUGCUGUAGCAGAUGGGCAGGUCGUGAUACUACACGACGCCACUCGAAGCCGAGACAGGAAAUACAAACUGAAGAACGGCGAUGGCGAGCCGCGCCUUCUUCUGUUCUCACCCGACUCGCGCAUCCUCUACUUCACGACAACACUGAGCAACUCGGUUCAAGCAUAUUCCAUACCAAACGACGAGCUUCUGCCUUCCCUGCCAUCACAUCCGUCUCCACCGAGCGCGAUAGCAAUAUCCAGUAACGGCACCGUCCUCCUUUCAGCCUCUCCGAACCCACCAACAAUUUACCUCCAAGACCAACGAUGGGGACGCAGCGCAGCGGUGAACUUUCGCCCAACAGACGCUCGUUCGGCUGCUACGUGUGCUGCGUUUCAACAGCCAGACGGUCCUGCACAGCUGUCGUACACCAACUUCGUGAUUGGGUUUCAAGACGGGCUAUUGGCGAUGUACCGCCUGUUUCUACCUUCACUGCGAAAACGGUCCGAAGACUCGCGUGUACAUCAACCGCAAUUCUUCCAGUUACAGCCCGUACGAGUCGGUGUCAUCAAAAAGCUUCAUAAGCCGGCCAUGGGCGCCGUCGAAUGGGUCGGCGAUAUGACGGCACCUUCUCUCCUCCCGAUUCGCGGAUCGUCACUGUCCCCCGAGCCUCGUCCGGUUGUCGAUAUUGUCGGAGUAGAGCAACCGACAUCCUCGGAUGAGGGGACAGGCACUGUCAAGAAGAUUGCAUCGUCUCAUAAGCAAGCUGUGACAAGGAAGUCAAUCCCCAUGCGAUCUCCACCAGAUCUGUUCUCGGAUGAACCAAGAGAGCCCAAAUCCAGAGUUCCUAGUCGGAGAACUUCAGAUGUGUUGCGAGGCUCACCCCUACGCGUCGAGCGAGCGCGCGAAAGACCCGUAAAGAAGGCUUUGGUGCGACCGCGAGUCUCCAUUGAGACCUUUGAAUCGCCUCCAGGCCCUUCUUCUAGUGGCGUCCCCAAUGCCAAAGUAACUCAGUCCUCAACUGGAACCGACCCUCCAAUACAAGAAAGUCGGAGAUGGCCACGGGUAUACCAGGCACCAAACGUGCGAACACCUCUAAGAGCACACCAAUUCUCCGCUUCGCAUAGAUCUGCCAGCUCGUCUCCAGAGUCCGAAUUCUCAGAUGAAGACCAGGAAUGGUUCACACCUCCCUCUACGCGAAGAUGCAAAGGGAAAGCUCCAAGGCGUGACCUGAGUCCAGAACCAUCACUGACUGUGCCGAUCCUCGCGUCCAUGAGCCCGACGCCCUUUUCCAAAACCUCAUCUACUGGAUUGGAUCCAACCAACCGUAACUAUUCUCGUCCGAGGCCCUGCAUAGUGGAGGAACGGUCCGGUCGACACCAAGAAGCGAUGGCGGAAGGAUCGAGAAGCUCAGUGGUCGUGCCGAAGGCCGCUGGACGCCAUGUCACCAUCCUCGACCCAGAAUUAUCAUCGCCUUUCGAUAGCCCCAGCAGUCUGUACUCGCGGGCCACUGCGUCGAUGUUGGAGAGACUCCCGGUAGGGAAGACAGAAGAGCAUGGUGCUGACCAGCGACCUGCUCUCCCAGCAGGACCUAAGACUCCAGUGUUGAAACCCGCGCUUGUCAACGUCGAUCCAGAUCCAGUACUGUCCAGCAGCGUAUGCUCAUCUUCAACGCCAACGACGAGUGGAACAAAGGUUACAGCUUCAGAUCAGAGGUUCAUCGACAUUGCAGGCUCGAGCAUGUUGAAGACAACGCCGUAUACUCCACCGAGCCGCGAAGUCGCCUCCAUCGCAGAAUGCUCAUCUUCGUCUUCGCUCGACAUCAUUUACUCUCUUCCAUGCCGACCAAAGGCCGAGAUUCCCUUUGUGCAAAACCACAGCCCUCGCAAUCCGGCGACUGCAAUACAUCGGCAGCUCACGCCGAAUUCGCUCGACACGCGAGCGGAUUCCCCGAGCAGUGUGUACUCCCGCUCCAUUUCCGGCAUGACCAAAGAGGGAAACCCUGUCAAUGCUGUCAUUGAAGAUACCGAUCAGUACGCCGAUGUCUACCAGCUCGCCGACUAG